AUGUCUUCAGGAACGAGCGGGUCUGGUCAAAAGAUAGGCAUGAGUAACUUGAAAGCAGAAUUGCUCAAUGAGCAGAAGCAGGAGAUCAGAGAGGCGUUCUCCCUUUUUGAUAUGAACAACGAUGGGUUACUAGAUUACCACGAGUUGAAGGUCGCUCUCAGAGCACUUGGUUUCGACUUACCCAAGAGAGAAGUGUUGGAUAUCAUACGCGAGUACGAUACUGAAGAUAGAAAUUUGAUCUCGUACGAGAAUUUCUUUCAUGCUGUCGGUGAGCGCAUUGUGAACAGAGACCCGAUGGAAGAGAUACGGAGGGCUUUCAAGCUCUUCGACGAAGAUAACACGGGGAAGAUCAGUUUCCGAAAUUUGAAGAAAGUGGCCCGUGAGUUGGGCGAGAACUUGACGGAUGAGGAACUUAGAGCGAUGAUCGACGAGUUUGAUCUCGAUGAGGAUGGAGAAAUCAACGAGCAGGAGUUCAUCAGUAUCUGCACCGAGUAG